UAAUAAUUACUUUAAUACAUUUACAGAACACGUCAUCGACACAAGAUGGAAACGACGACGAUGAAAUCAUAAAGAACGUGUCCGCCAUACCGAGAAUGAGUUACAAUGAACUGAGGGAAGCAACUAAUGACUGGAGCGACAGCAACUUGUUGGGCCGCGGUGGUUUUGGACAAGUAUUUAAAGGCGAAUGGAAACAUCUACCGGUGGCUGUGAAGAGAUUACGAGACAACGACGGCAGAAACAAAGAGCUCAUUCGCGAAAUGUGCCUCAAUCAGUACAGACAUGACAAUAUACUGCCUUUGUAUGGGUACAGUUUGGGAGGGCCUGAAGUGUGUUUAGUAUAUCAAUUGAUGAUGGGCGGGUCGUUAGAACAAAGACUUAGAUGUAAAACUCAUCACCCGCCUUUAGUGUGGCACCAGCGAUACAGAAUAGCACACGGUGUUGCCAGGGGUUUACAAUACCUGCACAAUAUGGCUGGCACGCCGCUCAUACAUGGUGACAUAAAACCGGCGAACAUUCUAUUGGACCAAUGUCUGAUGCCCAAAAUAGGUGACUUCGGUCUCGCGAGAAAGGGUCCUUACGGAGAAGACAGGACCCAUUUGAAAGUUUCCAAGGUGUACGGCACGCGUCCGUACCUGCCGGACGAGUACCUGCGCUCGCGCUGCCUGUCGCCGGCGGUGGACGUGUUCAGCUUCGGCGUGGUGGUGGCGGAGAUGGCCACGGCGCUGGCGCCGCUCGACCGCGCGCGCGCCAGCCCGCUGCUCAGCGCCUACCUGCACCUGCUGCACCAGGACCGCGUCGACUUCGCAUCACUGGAGGACCCCUUACUAUACGGCACAGCGAACUCAAAUCCGCUACUAUGUCGCCAAUUCAUGUCCAUAGCUAUCGAUUGUACUAAAUACGCCCGUUAUGAGAGACCAAGUAUGCUUGAUGUAUACAAGAGGUUGGAUGUGAUGGAAUUGCCCGGAAAGUAUUUCGUCCAAGGGGGAAUAUAACUUUGCCUACAGACAGUUCAAUCCCGAGCAUUUUUCGGUAUAGUUAGUGGUUACAUCUUUGUCGACCCCUUCAGAGACAAAAGUGUGAUGUGUACUUUAAUGAAACAGAAAGUAGUGGCUAUAGCGCGGAAUAUUUGUGAUAAAGAUCUAAAAAAUUCGGGACUUUCUCAAAUAUCUGGUGACCAUAUCAAUAUUAUGCAUAGAUAAUGCACUAUAUCCACAAGAAUCUUAUGGACAUACCUAUGCUGCUGUGAAGGAAGAAUGUUUCUACAUAAAUUUAUUUGUGUUUUUACAAUAUGUAUCAACUCAAUUUUGAAAAAAAGAAUUGUAGACUAGUCUUUUUCCUUAUGCGGCAGUAUAGUUUGGUUAGUUUAUUUUUAAAUUAGAUAUGUAUGUAUUUUUUAAAAUUGGUCGUCUCAAAGACAAAGCCCCGUGUGUGGCGUAUUUUUGCAUUUGAAGUUACUAUUUUGAAAUACAUUUGGUCAGUAAAGUUAACUAGUCACAAUUUUUCAAUACAAUGAAAGCACUUCCAGAAUAUGUGAAAAUGUCUUCCAGAUUUAUUAAUAUAUCAUUUUCUAUUGUACAUACGUAAAAAUUAUUAAGUAAUUAAUGUCGCUCUACUAAUAUAGUUUUAUUUUAUAUUUGUAAGCAAUGUUUUUAUGGAAACGACUGAAAUCCAACGUUUUGAGAUGAUUUAUAAUAAAUUAUAUUUUAAUUAA